UUGCUUUUUGUGUGGACUAAGUUAAGGUAAUACAAUCAGGAUCGUUGUACAUUAUAUAGGCACAUACUGUAUGUGUGGAUUUUAUAUUGUUUGACUAUAUGAACAUUACAUGUGGACUAUUCAUUAUUCCAGUUGGUCCAUGCACAUGUCUUACAUGCAAGUUUAUAUAACUAGGUGUUUAAUAAAAAAAAGAAAAUUGAAAAUGUACGUUUCAUAUAUUAACAAAAAAAACUGGACAAUUCAAAAGUUUGUUUUUUUAUAAAGGGCUUGACAAUGUAAAAGUUAUAACUAGUAAAAGUCUAUUAAACAUAUAUUUUCUCAUAUUUACCAUUUCAAAGCACAAAUUUGUUUAUCCAUCGAAAGUUCCAAGAAUUUUAAUUUUCUUAGACUUGAAAUCAAAAUUUAGCUUUAAUUUACAAGCUGACUUUUUCCAGUAGGUUAUUAAAAAGCUAAAUUCUGUAAACAAUUAACUACUUGAUGUAAGCCAAUUUUAAUGUACAAGUUGCCUGUUUUUCAAUUAGUUAUUUUAAAUAGAAAAAUUAGUAAGCAAUUACUGAUGCAUGUGAAAACACAGGAUAUCAUUUUAUCUUAUUUAAGUUUCAGGAAAGUUUCUAAAAUUUUAGAAAUCAACUCGAAAUACACGGAUAUGUUCUUGAAUCAAUUAUUUAAAUGUAGUAUAUUUGAAAAUAACUCAUUAAAAUGUGACAUUAUGUAAUAUAUCACAUGUAUGGUAAUAUUGGGUCAUAAUUUGUAACAUUUUUAUUGUUCAAAAAAAUAAAAUAAUUUGUAACAUUUAAUCUCACGACGUAUCUUUUAGCGAUAAUUGAUACUAGUAGUGUGUGCUGGGAUGGUUUUUGGCUACUAGAGAACAAGACAAUGCAUGUCACCUUGUAAUCAAAUGUAGUUCCCGUGAUUCGUUUUUGAUGAGCCUAAGUCGACUGUCACACUAUUACCAUCGCAAAGACACGUUCAUUUUUUUUUUUGCCACUAUCUCCCAAAAUAAUUGUGGCUCUUUGCAAAUUGCAAGUCCGGAUUGGUUGAGGUCUCUGAAUAGUGAUUUUGCUUGUUGUGUCGGUUGUUUCUAGAAUAGAUCGAGUUGGUGUUUGAAACCAUUUUUUUGUUGUUUUUCGUUGUCACUGUACUUCUGUCAAAAAUUUUAAAAUUUAGUAAUAAUAUCUUUACAUUUUUAUCAAAAAAUUUUAAAAAUAUUUUUUUGCCACCCAACAUGCUCUAAACAGACAAAAAGCAAUGUUCAUCCUUUUUUCCAAAAAAAUAUUUUGUUUUGAACAGGACUAAUAUACAUCGUAACUUUUAUAGCAAAAAGAAAAAAAAUGAGAUUUUCCAAUUCAUUUUUUGAAAACAAUAAACGUAUAUAUUUUUGUAUUAAACCAAAAAUAAUUUUUGUUUGGGGGAACGAUAGAAAAUAAUAAUAUCUUUGAUCUAAUAUACACACACAUCCAAAACUCGAAAACUAUGAAAUUAAAUAAACCCCCGCUGCUUUGUUGUUCUUCUUCUUCCUUGCUCUGCGCCGCGCCUCGUUCUCUCUGUGAAACUCUCUCACCCUAUAGCCUCAUUCCUCGCAGGGUAAAAGUUUCAUCCUCCACUUUGGCCAAUGCAAAGCUUGUAACUUUGAAGUCUUGUGCAGCUAAGUUUCACCUGUGUUCUUCCAUGGCCACCUCUGAUCAUCCCCGCUCUCGCCACCACCGAGACGAAUCCCCUACAAAACCAAACAAGAAGAAGAAGGCAAGCCACAACCAAGAAAAGAACCUCCUUGUCAAUCUCCAUUCAUGUUCAAAGUCCAAAAACCUCUCAGCUGCGUUGUCUCUUUACGACGCAGCCAUCGCUUCCGGCGACGUCAGACUCAGCCAGCAACACUUUCAGUCCCUUCUUUACCUCUGCUCAGCUUCCCUUGGUGACCCAUCUCUUCAAACCCUUGCCAUCGACCGUGGCUUCCAGGUUUUUGAACGUAUGGUUGGCUCAGGGAUAAGUCCUAACGAAGCAUCUGUUACUUCAAUGGCUAGACUAGCUGCUGCCAAGGGGGACGGUGAUUAUGCAUUCAAGGUUGUGAAAGACAUUGUUGCUGUUGGCGGCGUGUCUGUCCCACGUCUGAGGACUUAUGCUCCAGCUUUGCUCUGUUACUGCGAGAGGUUGGAGGCUGAGAAGGGUUACGAAGUUGAAGAGCACAUGGAGGCUUCAGGCAUCGUCUUGGAGGAGGUGGAGAUCUCGGCUUUGCUUAAAGUAAGCGCUGCCACGGGAAGAGAGAACAAGGUUUAUAGGUAUUUGCAUAAGUUAAGGGAAUAUGUUGGCUUUGUUAGUGAAGAAACCUCAAAAGUUAUUGAGGAAUGGUUCUGUAGUGAGAAAGCUAGCGAGGUUGUUAGGAUUGGUUCUGAUGUUGAGUUGCUUAGAGCAGCUGCUUUGAAGAAUGGGGGUGGGUGGCAUGGUCUUGGCUGGGUUGGGGAAGGCAAAUGGGUUGUGAAGAAAGGUAACGUUAGCGCUGAUGGAGAAUGUUUGAGCUGCGGUGAGCAUUUGGCUUGUGUAGAUACCAAUGAGGUAGAGACUGAGAAUUUUGUGAACUCUUUGGUGGCUUUGGCUGUGGAGAGGAAGGCGAAGAUGAAUUCAUCUGAGCCAAUGGAGGACUUCAGCGAGUUUCAGGAGUGGCUUGAGAAGCAUGGAGACUAUGAAGCUAUACUAGAUGGAGCUAACAUUGGGCUCUACCAACAAAAUUUUGCAGAUGGUGGUUUUAGUCUACCACAGCUUGAGGCUGUAGUGAAGGAGCUUUACAGUAAAAGUGGUAACAAAAAAUGGCCGCUGAUUCUCUUGCACAAGAAACGGGUCAAUGCGCUUUUAGAAAACCAUAAUCAUCGGAAUGUGGUGGAAGAGUGGAUUAGUAAUGAUGUUUUAUACACGACUCCACCAGGUUCUAAUGAUGAUUGGUAUUGGCUUUAUGCUGCUGCUAAAUUCAAGUGUUUGCUUGUGACUAAUGAUGAGAUGAGAGAUCACAUUUUUGAGCUACUAAGUACCAGUUUUUUCCAAAAAUGGAAACUAAGGCAUCAGGUUCGGUAUACAUUUGUGAAAGGAAGUCUAAAGCUCGAAAUGCCACCUCCUUUUUCGGUUGUGAUCCAGGAAUCGGAGAAAGGUUCAUGGCACGUUCCGAUCACGUGCCAAGACGGUGAGGAGUCUUUAAGAAACUGGAUGUGCGUUACGAGACAGAGUUGAUAGAGAGAUUCACUCGAUGUUGUUGUAUUUUUUGCUAUAUUUGUAUACGUCAGCAUCAUUUUUGACCAUGCAAACAAUCAGAACCUUUGUCUUAUUCUUAAAAGUUGUUUUAUGUGCUUCAAACUUGCGAACCAAAACGAAACUGGUGCAAGUUUUUAAUU